AUGUGUGGCCCGUUGCUCGGUUGUGUUCUGCCUGCGUCUGUUGCGUCGCUAGAACCGGCCUGCAGUCGGGAGCCUGUUUGCGCCGAUAUGCAGACGAUGCUGGGUCAGUUACAUCGCCAAGGCGACCAGAGAGUACACAGCUUUGCCGGCAAAGUCUGUAGGCGCCCGAGCGCCUCGAAGGGGCUCGGAACGGGAGACGAGAGGACGGAAGCGCUCGCGUUCGCUGGCACAAUCCAGCCUCAGUUGCCCAGCCUCUGCUGGCCCCGGAACCGUCGAGCUCGGCCGUUAAGGCCACGUCAGCCUCGUGGCAGGCCUGGCCUGGCCUGUCGACACUUUUGCACGCCAUCAAGCCGCGCCCUGCGAUUGGUGGCUCGUUCUGCCGUCUGGAUCGAUAAGCUGCCCAUCCUGCCGCCUUCAACCAAUCACAGUGAAGGGCAGCUUUGCUUUCGUCUAUCGCGGAGAGGUGAUAAUUUGACAGCAGACGGGCAAUGCAGACUUGCCUCGAGGCCGGGCUUCAAAGUGCGUCUUAAUCUUUCGGCCGGUUCUGCUUGCUUCGGAGGCAAUGACGAACGGGCGACGACAUUAUCGGCCCUGCUCGAGACCGCGCCUGGACGACAGCGACGCCGAACUGGAGCCGGAGGAGGCGUUCGAGGAGGCCGAGUCCACGAUGGAACCGAUGGCCCUGACCGGUCGGGGCCGGAGCAGGAAAGCCCGUCAGCUCAGUCAGGAGUUGGAAUAUUCUACAUUUUUAGGUUGGUUGUCAAGCCAUACAUUUAUGCGUAUACGCGUACGCAUGCACACAGAAGCAUGACCUAA